GCCUGGACAUGCAAUACGUGGCAUUACGUAGUACAAACAAAAUUUGCUUGUACGUCUGUGUACGAAUUAAACGGAUCAACCAGUCUAAAAUCUUCAUCGCAUGAUUCGCAUCAUAUGAUCAAUGAGAAUGGCUUCAAAGCUAGGAAGCUAUUGUUAUCAUCUUCAUGGCAUCAGUGCCACUGAUUCGUCACCCCUGAAGUCUUCCGGAUUUUCUUCUCUCUCUUCUACUUUCUCUCUGUACCUCUCCUCUUCAAGUUCAAGCCCAUUACGAUACCAGAAGACUAACACUCUUUCGUUUCCUUAUUUUUACCACCACUACAGCUCUUUUUUGUCUAACAGUACCACUCGGUCCACUGCUACUAGAUUAGUAUUGUCAGCCUCAAAAAUGGCUACUGGGGUGCAAGAGACUCUUCCACCUGCCCUCGACUCGACUUCAGACCCACCUGCAAUCUUCGAUGGAACUACAAGGCUGUAUAUAUCUUACAUAUGCCCCUAUGCACAACGCGUAUGGAUUAUUCGGAAUUAUAAGGGACUACAGGAGAAGAUAAAAUUGGUUCCUAUUGACCUACAAAACAGGCCAGUUUGGUACAAGGAGAAAGUUUACCCACCAAACAAGGUGCCAUCUUUGGAGCACAAUAAUAAAGUUAUGGGGGAGAGUCUUGAUUUGAUCAAAUACAUUGACAGUAACUUUGAAGGGCCUUCUCUUUUCCCUGAUGAUCCAUCCAAGAAAGAGUUUGCAGAGGAGUUGCUGUCAUACACUGAUUCGUUCUAUAAUGCUGUGACUGCUUCUUUCAAGGCAGACGGAAAUGAUGGAGCUGGUGCUGCAUUCGAUUACAUUGAGAUGGCUCUUUCCAAAUUCGACGAUGGACCUUUUUUCCUGGGUCAGUUCAGUCUGGUGGACAUAGCUUAUGCGCCAUUCAUUGAAAGAUAUCAGCCCUUCUUGCUGGAUGUGAAGAACUAUGACAUUACUGUAGGCAGACCAAAACUGGCAGCAUGGAUUGAGGAGAUGAAUAAAAAUGAAGCUUACAGUCAAACUCGAUGCGAUCCAAAGGCAGUUGUCGAAAGCUAUAAAAAACGUUUCUUGUCUCAGCUCUGAAUUCUGCAUGAGUGGGGAAGUGCUGAUGGAUUGUCUUCCAAAUUCUGAAUGAGGAAGUGAAAUAAAUUAGUAUACUUGUAUUUGUGUGUUAUUUUUCGUAUUUUACUCAAGACUUUUCGUGUAUUUUUGGGUGUUGGUGCUUCAUAUUUGAAAAUUUUUGUGCAACUACGUGGGUUACCUUUUAUCUAUUACUCAAGCAGAUUUUUUUUUUGGGUACUGUAUCAUUUCUAAAGUUACGAUCUAAUCAAAUUAUGGCCCAAUAUGACCAAUGUUGGAUUGAUGAUCCCAAGUAUUUUUGGAUCAGUCAAAAGGUUUUAAAUGUUG